CUGCUUUACAUGCGUUGAUUGACGGCCGAAUGAAUCCACAGAAGCGGCGCAGAUAGAGGUGAGCGCGAGUACUUCCGGGUGGCGGCUGUAAGCUGGGUGUCCCCGCAUUCAAAGGUCGCUCAUUGAUUCUCUGUCUCGGCUCGGAGGAGGGUCGUUCCGACUGCACAGCUCCUCCUUGUGUCUCCGAUGGCGAGUCUUCUGCGUGUGGUAGCCACCAGCUGUUCCAGCCCCCUGUUCUCCGGCUUGGCCUGUGCUAAGAGUGUCCGGACGGUGAAGACACCAUGUGUGCGGUUCUUCAGGACCCAUCAAGCCCUCUCUCGCCUCGCAAGUCCAGGCAUUCCAUACAAACAGCUAACUGUCGGCGUUCCCAAGGAAAUCUUUCAGAAUGAGCGUCGCGUGGCCAUCUCUCCAGCUGGAGUGGAAGCUCUCAUCAAGCAGGGCUUCAAUGUGGUGGUGGAGUCUGGCGCUGGAGAAUCUGCCAAGUUCUCCGAUGACAUGUAUACAAAUGCAGGAGCCACCAUCAGGGACGUCAAAGAUGUCUUUGCAUCUGAUGUUCUGCUUAAGGUGCGUGCCCCCAUGUUGAACUCUGCUCUGGGAGUUCAUGAGGCCGAACUCAUGAGUGAAGGAGCCACCCUCGUCAGUUUCGUCUAUCCUGCUCAGAACCCUGAGCUGAUGGACCAGUUGUCCCAGCGCAAAGCCACCGUCCUGGCCAUGGACCAGGUGCCCCGUGUUACUAUUGCUCAGGGUUAUGACGCCCUCAGCUCCAUGGCCAACAUUGCUGGCUAUAAAGCCGUGGUCCUGGCAGCCAACAACUUUGGCCGCUUCUUUACUGGUCAGAUCACAGCCGCAGGGAAGGUCCCUCCUGCUAAGGUGUUGAUCAUUGGAGGUGGAGUGGCUGGGUUGGCCGCUGCUGGCUCUGCCCGUGCUAUGGGUGCCAUUGUCAGAGGAUUUGACACCAGAGCGGAUGCACUGGAGCAGUUCAAGUCCCUGGGUGCCGAGCCCCUGGAGGUGGAUGUGAAGGAGUCAGGAGAAGGCCAGGGCGGUUACGCUAAGGAGAUGUCCAAAGAGUUUAUCGAGGCAGAGAUGAAGCUGUUUGCCAAGCAGUGUUUGGAUGUUGACAUCAUUAUCACUACUGCGCUUAUUCCUGGUCGGAAGGCCCCUGUGCUGAUUACUAAGGAAAUGGUAGAGACCAUGAAAGAUGGUUCAGUGGUGGUAGACCUGGCUGCAGAAGCUGGGGGCAACAUCGAGACCACGGUUCCUGGAGAACUGUAGUUAUACGUUCACAAAGGUGUGAUCCACGUUGGCUAUACUGAUCUUCCCAGUCGCCUCCCGACUCAGGCCAGCACAUUAUACUCUAACAACAUCAUCAAACUCAUCCGAGCCAUCAGCCCGGACAAGGAAGUUUUUCACUUUGAUGUGAAAAACGAGUUUGAUUACGGCACAAUGGACCAUGUCAUCCGAGGUUCAGUCGUUAUGCAGGACGGAAAAGUGCUUUUCCCUGCACCACAACCUAACAACGUUCCAGUGGCGGCACCUCCAAAACAAAAGAGUGUCCAGCAGCUGGAGAAGGAAAAGGCAGCUUCCAUCUCGCCCUUCAGAGCCACUCUCAACACGGCUGGGAUUUACACCGGAGGUCUGGCUUCAGCGAUCGGUCUUGGAAUAUGCGCUCCCAAUGCUGCUUUCCCUCAGAUUGUUACAACCUUUGGCCUGGCAGGAAUCGUGGGAUACCACACCGUAUGGGGCGUCACUCCUGCUCUUCACUCCCCGCUUAUGUCUGUCACAAAUGCCAUUUCUGGUUUGACUGCUGUUGGUGGCCUCUCCCUCAUGGGUGGUGGAUUUCUCCCUAGCAGAACAGCCGAGACCCUGGCCGUACUGGCUGCUUUCAUCUCCUCUGUCAACAUCGCUGGUGAGUGCACUGAACACACGAUCCUGUACCUGCCAACAGCGAAAGUUUAUUUUAUUUUUUCUGGUUUGUUUGUUGGAGGUUAUGGGGUGGCUCUUCAAAGCGGCUACAACAUUGAACAGAUGAUGUACUUGGGCUCUGGCUUGUGCUGCGUGGGAGCUCUGGCGGGUCUGUCCACCCAGUCCACGGCCCGUCUCGGUAACGCCCUGGGCAUGAUCGGAGUAGCCGGUGGCAUUGCCGCAACUUUCGGAGCACUAAAACCUUCCCCUGAGCUCAUGGCACAGAUGAGUGCGGCCAUGGCGGUGGGUGGCACUGCUGGUUUGGCCAUCGCCAAGAAGAUCCAGAUCUCGGACCUGCCGCAGCUGGUCGCCGCUUUCCACAGUCUGGUGGGUUUGGCGGCCGUGCUCACCUGCGUGGCAGAGUACAUGGUGGAAUAUCCCCACUUUGCAACCGACCCUGCGGCCAACCUCACCAAGAUCGUGGCCUACCUGGGGACCUACAUCGGUGGAGUCACCUUCAGCGGAUCUCUGGUGGCUUAUGGCAAACUUCAAGGUCUGGUGUACUCAGCUCCCCUUAUGCUUCCUGGUCGUCAUGCGCUGAACGCCUCCCUCAUGGCAGCCAGUGUGGGUGGCAUGAUCCCCUACAUGCUCGAUCCCAGCUAUACCACUGGCCUGACCUGCCUGGGCUCCGUGUCUGCACUCUCUGCCGUCAUGGGCCUGACCCUGACAGCCGCCAUCGGAGGGGCUGACAUGCCCGUGGUGAUCACAGUGCUAAACAGCUAUUCCGGCUGGGCCCUGUGCGCUGAAGGCUUCCUGCUCAAUAACAACUUGUUGACCAUUGUAGGGGCUCUCAUUGGCUCUUCUGGAGCCAUCCUCUCCUACAUCAUGUGUGUGGCCAUGAACCGCUCACUGGCAAACGUCAUUCUGGGUGGCUACGGCACGUCAUCCACCGGCACGGGCAAGCCCAUGGAGAUCACAGGCACCCACACUGAGGUCAACGUGGAUCAGUCAGUGGAGAUGAUCAAGGAGGCUCAGAAUAUCAUCAUCGUUCCAGGUUAUGGUCUGUGUGCAGCAAAAGCUCAGUAUCCUAUUGCUGAUCUUGUCAAGUCACUGUCUGAGCAGGGCAAGAAAGUCAGAUUUGAAACCCUGGUGGCUGGUGGUCGUAUGCCAGGCCAACUGAACGUUCUGCUGGCUGAAGCUGGUGUGCCAUAUGAUGUUGUGCUGGAGAUGGAUGAGAUCAAUCAUGACUUCCCUGAGACUGACCUGGUUUUGGUAAUUGGAGCUAAUGACACAGUCAACUCAGCCGCCCAGGAGGACCCCAACUCCAUCAUUGCUGGCAUGCCUGUUUUGGAGGUCUGGAAGUCCAAGCAGGUCAUCGUGAUGAAAAGAUCUCUGGGAGUUGGCUACGCUGCUGUGGACAACCCUAUCUUCUACAAACCAAACACAUCCAUGCUUUUGGGAGAUGCCAAGAAAACUUGUGAUGCUCUGUCUGCCAAGGUCCGGGAGGGCUAGAGAGGAAACAGAAGAUCUGACCUUGCUUUGCAUCAGAUGAGUCACGGAAAAGAGAAGAUCGAACAAACCCAAUAAACCCUUAGAUAUAAAUUAGCUCUAAUAGGAACAAGCUCUUAAUGACACACUCUAUGCCCAUUUCGUUUUUGCUGUAGAUAUAGGUAGUUUAUUCAGUAUUUCCAGAACUUUUGUUUUACUUUUCAUUAAAUGUUUUUCUUUUUGUCCCCGAUUCAAAUCAAGUUAAAAGGAAAAAAAGCAUUACAGCAUCACAUUAAGUAGCAUUAAUAAAGCAAGCUAACCAGUUGUCAUCUGGUUUUGUAUGUAUUAUAGAUCAGGUUUUAUAUAGCACAGCAAUCUGUUUAAAAAAAAAAUAAUUUUGAUAGUGUAAGCAUACGUAUGACUAAUUUGUUUGAAAGCCAUAAACAACUCUAAACUGUAUGCUUUUUUCACCUUUUUCUUGCUUCAUUGUUUAUUUGCCGUGUGCAUUAAGUGAACAGCUGGUGGUAUAUGGUGUUGUUCCAAGUGAGGAAUCAACUUUUUUCAGAUGCAGCUUCAGAGGACCAUAUCCAAACAAUGCAAAUUUUCUCUUAAUAGCAUGAAGCUUUGAAGGGUUGCUGGUGAGAUGAAGUCCUAGCUAAUAUCACUGAUGAUUUACAAACAGAAUCCCAAAAACCUGUGGCUCCUCCAUAAAAUGAUUUGUAUUCCCCAACCACUGUUGAUUCAAGUGAAUGUCACCAUAGCGGUGAGGUUAGUAUGAGUAGUCACUGUAUAUCUGCCCUGUUGUCCUUCCUAAUUUGCUCCCAGCAGUAAUCCUCCACAGUAUUUUACAGAGAUUUGAACACAUGUAUUAUACUUAACCACCGGGACCUAAUGGAGUAUAUCCUAUGAGAUACAGGAACCAAGACUGACCAUUACAACAAUCCUACCUCUCCACAGUUUCAAUUCGACCAAAACAAUCCCUCACCUCCCCAAUCACACACUCCUCUGCUAAUGUCAGGGCUGUAUGGGGCGCAUGUAGAUUGUUCCUUGAUGUAGAUUUUGUGGAUGCAGGAAGGUGGUACACCAUUCUUUGCCAUUUAGAUGCUUCAUCGGAUUCAGGAAUGUUUUAAUAUGUGAAAAAGAAGUCAGUUGUAAUCAAUUGCUGCAUGGGUAAGAAAGUAUUUAUCGAACAUCGUUCGGUUUAAUACAGGGUUUUGCAUUCCCUCCCACUCCUUCAGGAUGUUUUUGUAUAGACAGGUUCUUGCAUAGAAACGAUGCUUUGAAAAUUCUGCUUUGCUGCAAUACAUGGGAGGGAAGAGGGAGAGUCUUCAAAUGUUUCAUUGUGCCAUGGUGAUGAAUUAAUGUCAUACUGUGAAAUGUUUUUUCUUUCUCCACUGUAUCACAGAGCAUCCCUCUUAAUAAACAUCCUGAUAAGAGAA